AAACCAAACCUUUGAAGCAGUCUACAGAUUGCACGCAAUCUAAUCGCACAAAAGACGCACGUUAGUUAUAAUACAAAUUUGUCUUGGGCGUUCAGCGCACACAAAACCAUGGAACUAUUUUUCAUUUCGCUUUUGGCAAUAGUAAUCAUUGCUCCCAUUACGGCAGUGGUCCAACCAAAUGCGGAAGAGAGUCGCAUUAUCAACGAGUGUCUCAAAAGUUUUGGCGGUUUAACGGAGGAGAAUGCACGCCGUUUGGUACGUUUUAAGGAGUGGUCAGAGAAAUACGAAGAGAUACCAUGCUUUUCCAAAUGCUAUAUUAAGAACAUGUUUGACAUAUUCGACGAGUCGUCCGGUUUCAAAGAGGAGCAAGUGGUCAGACAAUUCGGCCAACCUCUCUAUAAUGCUUGCCAACACCGCAUGGUGCCAUUGGCCGAUGCCUGUGAGCAGGCUUAUCACGGAUUUCAUUGUCUUGUUAAUCUUGAACAUGAUCCAUUUGUUCUUAUCGAAAGUAUGCAAAACAUUAGCACUGAAGCAAAAACGGUCAUGAAGGAGUGUCUGCACCGCUUUGAUCAAUAUGAAUGGGAACAUUUAAAAGAUUAUUCGAAAAAUCCGGUGCGUGAACCAAUAGAUUGCUUCACUAAAUGUUUCAUCGAACGUCUGCAAGUAUACAAAGCCAGCACACACCGAUGGGAUAUACAAGCGCUGAGGACCAAAUUGGGUGUACCCGCAGCGGAAGCAAAUAUACAGCAUUGUCUUCGACGUAGACACCGCGGCAAUGCCUGUGUGUGGAUGUAUCAAGAUUUUAUAUGUUUUGCAUUGGCACACUGACCUAACUCACCAAACGAGCGCUAAAUUAUUGAUGACAAGGUCAUGAGAAUCAAGCUACAUAUCCGAAAACUGCCCUAAAAGAAAAAAGUAAAUUGCCAUCUUCUAUUCUAAUCAGUUUGGUAUCGUCAACGAAAUUAUUUAAUGAUUCAAUCUGUGAAUAAAUCUGUCAAUGAAGUAAAUUAGAUGGAUUCAAUGUA